AUGUAAACAUAAGCAGCAAGCAAAGACAAAUCAAAGCCUGUUACAAUCUAUGCAAGAGAUAUUAUUAGAUGCGAUUUAAAAGAAUAUGAAUAUAGGUAUUUCAAAGAUAUUAUCGAGUCUUAAAUUACCGAAAAUAUGAUAGCUGAAAAGAGAGUUAAAGUAAUCAAAAAAGUCUUCGAGGAUUUCACCAACGAUGAAAUUAAAUAGGAAUAUAUUAUUGUAGUAGCUACCGAUGUCUCUUAUUACUUACAGUAAAAACUUAAUGGAUUAUUAAUGCUUUUGUUAGGAGAUGUUUGUAUCUUCAUUUAUAAACCAAAGCAUCUCGAAGUUCCCAAAGCAUUGAAAUUGGAAUACAUCGAACCUGAGACUUAUAAGGAUAAGUUAGACUUAAUGCUUAGCAAAAUGAAGGUAGUUAAUUAGAAAGGAUUUGAGACAGAAUAAGGAAAAGAUGCAGUUAAUAAAAUAGUUGAAUAUAUUGCAUUGUAUUACUUGAAGCACCAAAAAGAAUAUGGCAUGAAAGGAUCUAAGUUCGAAGAAGAAUUCCAUUAAAAAAUAAAAAAUCACUUAGCAAUCUAUAGCAGCACUUCUUAUUAUCACUGCUUUAUGGGAAGAAAGUUAGAUGUCUUGCUUACUUAAGAUCAAAAAUACAGUUAAUAUUUGGAAGUUGAAAUGAACUUUACUGGAAUCAUUCCUAACAUUAACAGUACCUAUAAAUUUGUUAUAUUCAAUAAAAAAGGUUCUGAUCCAAAUGUUAUCGAUCUAGCCAAAUUCAAGCUUAAAGAAAUAUUUGGGUUUUCUGCUAUGUUAAUGAUUUUCGUUAGUUUAGUUGUCUGUAGAGACUUUGACCCAAAUAGCGAAAGCACAGGUAAUCAUGCAAUAAGAGAUGGUGUCUGUCCUCACAAGCAAGAAUUGAUGGGUGUUUCUUUAACAAUUUUCUUAUCAGUAGUUUUAUAAAAGAUGUUUAACAAAUACAAAGAAAGAAGAUAAAGAAAAAUUGAACUUCAAAAAAGAUUAAAAUUAGAAAAAGCUGAAUGA